AUGUCCGCCGCAACCUCCAGCAAAGGCCAAUAUCUCCACGGCCCCAAGACCCUCCAGCUGGAAGAACGCCCCCUCUCCGCCCCCGAACCCGACCAAGUCCAAAUCGCCAUCCGCUCCACAACCCUCUGUGGCUCAGACGUACACUACUACACCUACCACCGCAACGGGUCGAUUCAAGUCCAAGAGCCUCUAUGCGGCGGCCACGAAGCCGCCGGCGAGAUCGUCGCACUCGGCCACGAAAUCCAGAGCACCACCCCCCUACGACGCGGCGACAAAGUAGCCAUUGAAAGCGGCGUGCCCUGCGAAAACUGUCCGAAAUGCAAGAAAGGCAUGUAUAAUGUUUGUUCCUCGCUUCGGUUCCGGAGCAGUGGGGCUUCGGUUCCGCAUUUCCAGGGCACGCUGCAGGAGUAUGUGAAUCAUCCGGGACGAUGGUGUCAUCGGCUGCCAGAGUCGUUGAGCUGUGAUGACGGGGCGCUGCUGGAGCCCUUGUCGGUGUGUAUUCAUGCGGUUAACAGGGCGGGGAUGCAGAAGGGGCAGACGUGUUUGGUGUUUGGGGCUGGGGCUGUAGGGUUGCUCGCUGCUGCUGUCGCCAAAAUCGAGUAUGGGAAUGCUGUUGUGAUUGUUGAUGUUGAUCCCGGACGAGUGGAUUUCGCGGUGAGGGAGGGGUUUGCGGAUGUGGGCUUUACCAGCACGGUUAAGAGGGGUGUUACGCUGGAAGAGAAACUGGGGAUCGCGAAAGAGGUUGCUGAGCAGAUUGGAAAGUUACGUUGGCCGAAAGGCGAUGAGGUUGGACGGGUUGAUGUGGUGUUGGAGUGCACUGGAGUGGAAUCCUGUGUGCAGGCGUCCAUAUACGCGGCAGACAAUGGCGGCAAGGUUGUCCUGAUAGGGAUGGGAACGGCGAACCAAACCUGGCCGAUUUCAGAGAUUACAGCUCGAGAGAUUAACAUCGUGUCCGUCUGGCGCUAUGCGUUCUGCUAUCCCCGGGCCAUUGAGAUCAUGGACGCGGUGGCCCGUCAAGAUGUGACUCCCGAUAUACGCAAGCUCAUCACGCAUCGAUUCCACGGGCUGGACUCGAUCCCGGAUGCCUACGAGACAGCCGCGAAGACAAAGGAUGCCCAGUCGCAGCUGGUCAUCAAGACGGUUGUUAACCUAUAA